AUGAUCACGGUGAACCCCGAUGGGAAGAUAAUGGUCAGAAGAUGCCUGGUCACCCUGAGACCCUUUCGGCUUUUUGUCCUGGGCGUCGGCUUCUUCUCGCUCUGCUUCCUGAUGACGUCUCUGGGAGGCCAGUUCUCAGCCCGGCGCCCCGGGGACUCUCCAUUCACCCUCCGCACAGAAGUGACGGGGGGGCUGGAGUCCCGAGGUGUCCUCCGCAAGAUGAGCGACCUGUUGGAGCUGAUGCUGAAACGCAUGGAUGCGCUGGCCCGGCUGGAGAACCGCAGCGAACUGCACCGGGCUGCGGGCCACGGGCACUUUGCCCUGGACAGGUUGCCGCCUGGGGCCGGCCUCAUGGAGCGGAUCCAGGCCAUCGCCCAGAAUGUCUCAGACAUUGCCAUGAAGGUGGACCAGAUCCUGCGGCACAGCCUACUCCUGCACAGCAAGGUGUCCGAAGGCCGGCGGGACCAGUGCGAGGCGCCCAGUGACCCCAAGUUCCCUGACUGCUCGGGGAAGGUGGAGUGGAUGCGUGCACGCUGGACCUCGGACCCCUGCUAUGCCUUCUUUGGGGUGGACGGCACCGAGUGCUCCUUCCUCAUCUACCUCAGUGAGGUCGAGUGGUUCUGCCCCCUGCUGCCCUGGAGGAACCAGACGGCCCCCCAGAUGGCCCCCAAAGCCCUCCCCAAAGUCCAGGCAGUUUUCCGGAGCAACCUGUCCCACCUCCUGGAGCUGAUGGGCAGCGGGAAGGAGUCUCUGAUAUUCAUGAAGAAGCGGACCAGGCAGCUCACGGCCCAGUGGGCGGUGGCCGCCCAGCGCCUGGCGCAGAGGCUGGGGGGCGUCCACAGGGACCAGAAGCAGAUCCUCGUCCACAUCGGCUUCCUGACGGAGGAGUCUGGCGACGUGUUCAGCCCGCGGGUGCUGAAGGGCGGGCCCCUGGGGGAGAUGGUGCAGUGGGCGGACAUCCUGGCCGCUCUGUAUGUCCUGGGCCACGGCCUGCGGGUCACAGUGUCGCUGAAGGAGCUGCAGAGUAACUUAGGGGUGCCGCCAGGCCGGGGGAACUGCCCGCUCACCGUGCCCCUGCCCUUCGACCUCAUCUACACCGACUACCACGGCCUGCAGCAGAUGAAGCAGCACAUGGGGCUGUCCUUCAAGAAGUACAGGUGCCGAAUCCGGGUCAUCGACACCUUCGGGACAGAACCCGCGUACAACCACGAGGAGUACGCCACGCUGCACGGCUACCGGACCAACUGGGGCUACUGGAACCUCAACCCCAAGCAGUUCAUGACCAUGUUCCCUCACACCCCGGACAACUCCUUCAUGGGCUUUGUGUCCGAGGAGCUCAGCGAGGCGGAGAAGCAGCUCAUCAAGGGCGGCAAGGCCGACAACAUGGCCGUGGUGUACGGCAAGGAGACAAGCAUCUGGAAGGGCAAGGAGAAGGUCCUGGGCAUCCUGAGCAGGUACAUGGAGGUCCACGGCACCGUGUUCUACGAGAGCCAGCGGCCCCCCGAGGUCCCCGCCUUUGUGAAGAACCACGGCCUCCUGCCGCAGCCUGAGUUCCAACAGCUGCUGCGCAAGGCCAAGCUCUUCAUCGGCUUCGGCUUCCCCUAUGAGGGCCCCGCGCCGCUGGAGGCCAUCGCCAACGGCUGCGUCUUCCUGCAGUCCCGCUUCAGCCCGCCCCAUAGCUCGCUCAACCACGAGUUCUUCCGCGGCAAGCCCACCUCCAGGGAGGUGUUCUCCCAGCACCCCUACGCGGAGCGCUUCAUCGGCAAGCCCCACGUGUGGACGGUGGACUACAACAACUCGGAGGAGUUCGAGGCGGCCAUCAAGGCCAUCAUGAGAAGCCAGGUGGACCCCUACCUGCCCUACGAGUACACCUGUGAGGGGAUGCUGGAGCGGGUCCAUGCCUACAUCCAGCACCAGGACUUCUGUACAGCCCCGGGCCCUGCCCCACCGGGGGUCCAAGUCCCGCAGAGCCCCUUGGUCCUGGCCCCCAAUGCCACCCACCUCGAGUGGGCCCAGAACUCCAGCCUGGCCCCCGGGGCCUGGCCCCCGGCACGCUCACUCCGGGCCUGGCUGGCCGCUGCGGGGAGGGCCUGCACGGACGCCUGCCUGGACCGCGGGCUGGUCUGCGAGCCCUCCUUCUUCCCCUUCCUCAACAGCCAGGACGCCUUCCGGAAGCUGCAGGUGCCCUGUGACAGCACCGAGUCGGGGAUGAACCACCUGUACCCGGCGCUCGCCCCUCCCGGCCGGGAGUGCUUCCUGCAGAAGGAGCCCCUGCUCUUCAGCUGCGCCGGCUCCAGCACCAAGUACCGCCGCCUCUGUCCUUGCCGAGACUUCCGCAAGGGCCAGGUGGCUCUGUGCCAGGACUGCCUGUGAGGGCGCCCUGCCGGCCCUCCCUGCUGCCGGAGAAAGCACCAGCAGAUUCCAAGCUCCAGCCGCCCCCCCUCCCCCCGCCCAGUUCAACACCAACACCUCAGGCUGGAGUUUCCUCUCUCGGCUGGGAAGUGGGCAGAGUGGGCACGGUUGAGAGGGGAGGCAGCUCGUCCCGGCUGGUGCAGGCUCUUCCUUCUCAUCCUGGGGGCUCCAGGCAGACGGGGCCGAGCAGCUGUGGGGUAUCGGAGGGUCCCCAUGGCCCAGGUGCAGGUGACCCGAGGCCCCUAGCUCUGUGCAAGGCCGCGUCUGGCUCAGGCGGGGAGCCCAUCUGGGGCCCAGGAUGGGGCCUCUUGCUGCGUGAGAUGGAGCAGGUGCGAUGCCUGCCCGAUGUCCCCCUGAAGGGUCCAGGGACUGAGGGGUCAGCCUUGAUCCUCGGGAGUUGUUUGGGGUGUGGCCAGAAGCGGCAGGAGACUGGAGGAAGGCCAGGCUGCGGGCCCGGUUCAUGCCCCUCUCAGCUGGGCCCCUCCCUGCCGUGCUGGGGGCCGCAGUUGGAGCUGCAGGGGCCCCUCCACCUGGAGCUGGACUGUUUCCCUCUUCUCCUUGUUCCAACUCUUCACCUUGGACGCCUCCUGAACCCCAUCCCAGCAGGACUGCGAUUCCAGACCUCGGAUUUGUUCCCAAAACCUCAGUUUCCCUGCCCCACCCCACCCCCAGCCUCUGAGAACAAGGCUCUCAGAUCCCUUCCCAGCAUCUGUUGUAGGCAAACGCUUGGGGCGGAGCGUCCGCCCCAUGGCACCCCUGGCCUAGUGUCUGGCCGCCCAGGUCCACUGGCCCCCGUGUCGCCCCCACCCUGUCUGUGCUUCAUCCAUGUCCCUCCAGCCUCCGGAUCCACGUGUCCACCUGUCCACCUGUGUGCGCAUGCCUGCCCCCGCGCCUGGAGCCCUGCCUGCCUGAGCCGCCCCGUCCUGCUCCACAGUCCCACCCCCUCUCCAGGGGGCCGCCCUGGGCCCUGCGAGUCCAGGCGGGCAGCCCACUCCGGGCUGAAGGCAGGGUGCCUGCCACGGGAGAGCACUCUCCCGGCCUGGGCUGGCCCUGCGGCCACAGGGACACAGUCGUCACCAAGAACCUGACCUUCGGGGGAAAGCAAUAGAGACUCUUUUCUCUUUUUUAAAGAUUUAUUUCUUGAAAUAAUAAAUAUUUUAUUGGGA